CACGUUAUCAACCAAAAGUAAUGGAAGAUGGAAUUUGCUUAAUAACAAAUAGCAACGAAACUGAGUUACUGCGCCAGUGUGUUGGGUUGGCGAACCAAACCAUUUGCGUAGCACUGCGCAACUCCUAAAAAUUGACAGAGUUACCCAGGCCUAGUAAAAUGUUCUUUAUUGUCAUUCUAUCAAAGAUUAAUUACAGUUUCCUAUAACACCGCUGGAAGUUACGAGUUCGACCCGCGGAGGGCGCUAGACGUAUUAGCGAUACGAGAAGAAGACACCACAGCGAGACCGCAACUAACCUUUUUAUUAUAAUCUUUCCACAGGUGCCAGAAACUAUGAUCCUUUUGUGCCUAUUUUCUAGCUUUUCCACAAACCGCAAUACAUAAAAAUGAAUUAUCGCCCAUAAAAUAUUAUCUAAUCAGUAAAUCCGAGAGAAAAUUGAUAAUCCUUUAGCAGAAAACGAAAUCAGGCACUUGUGCACAAAAAAUGGCAAAAAGACAAUUGCUCCUCCUAUCCUCCUCGAAGGUCCACGGGUUUGAGUUCUUAGAGUACGCAGCUCAAGACGUCAACGAACUCCUCACUAGAAACAAGGUGUCCACUGUUUUGUUCAUCCCUUAUGCUUUGAGCAACCACGACGACUACCUCAAAAAGGUCCAAAUUCCCUUCAGAAAAUGGGGCUACAAGGUGGAAGGAAUCCACCAACACGAGCAACCAGCAGAAGCCGUCAGGCAAUCCCAAGCAAUUUUCAUUGGCGGCGGAAACACAUUCCGCCUUCUAAAGGCCUUGUAUGACAAGCAGCUGAUCGACCCAAUCAGAAACCGCGUUCUCAAACACGGAAUCCCUUACAUAGGAACCAGCGCGGGCACCAACGUGGCCACCAGAAGCAUCAAUACGACCAAUGACAUGCCCAUAGUUUACCCACCCAGCUUCGAAGCCCUCAAUUUGGUUCCGUUCAACAUCAACCCUCACUACUUGGAUCCGGAGCCCGACUCGAAACACAAAGGAGAGACCAGAGAGGAGAGGAUCUUGCAAUAUCAAGAGGAGAGCACGGCUCAUGCGGUCUUGGCUUUACGAGAAGGGGCUAGUUUAUAUGUGGAGGGAACCCACGCGAGUUUAAAGGGAAUAUCGGGAGCCAGACUGUUUCUGAAAAACCACGACCCCAAGGAGAUUGAAGUGGACGCAAACCUCUCCUAUCUAUUAGACCUUGACUGACCCGAAGCGAGAAUGCACCUGAUACCCAGCAAUAAACCACUUUUUUU